CCCUCCCCCGGAUGUGUGUGAGGUGGUGCGGUCUUGCAGGCAGUGCUGGGAUUGAGGACUGGAAGAAGGAAGAAGGCGGGGGGAGGCCGCAGGGACUGGUCGCUUCCUCUCCCGGAUUGUGUGUGUGCGGUGGACGGACUGUGACUUGGUGUGAGGGAGGACAUGCCGACACAGAGGGACAGCACCAUGUCCCAGCCAGCAGCAGCAGUAGAUCAUUCCCACCAGGUCCGGGUCAAGGCAUACUUCAAAGGAGACAUCAUGAUUACGCAUUUCGACCCCACCAUCAGCUACGAUGGACUGUGUACUGAGGUGCGAGACAUGUGCUCCUUUGACAAUGAACAGCUCUUCACCAUGAAAUGGAUUGACGAAGAAGGAGAUCCCUGCACUGUUUCCUCACAGUUGGAGCUGGAAGAAGCUUUCCGGUUAUAUGAGCUAAAUAAAGACUCCGAGCUCCUAAUUCAUGUGUUUCCUUGUACCCCUGAGAGGCCUGGAAUGCCCUGCCUUGGUGAAGACAAAUCAAUCUAUAGACGUGGAGCAAGAAGGUGGCGAAAGCUGUACUGUGCAAAUGGUCACACAUUCCAAGCGAAGAGGUUUAACAGACGAGCGCACUGUGCCAUCUGCACCGACCGGAUAUGGGGGUUAGGACGGCAAGGUUAUAAAUGUAUCAAUUGUAAGCUGUUGGUUCAUAAAAAAUGCCACAAGCUUGUUAGCAUUGAGUGUGGGCGACAUACAAUAGCUGAACCAAUCAUUCCAAUGGAUCCACCACCUGUACAUCCAGACCACCAGGAUCAAGAACAACCCUUUCGGCACAGGAGUCAGGAUAAUAUGGACCAGGAUGGGGAAGAAAAAGAGGCUAGGAACAGCCGGGAGAGUGGUAAACCCCCCUCCAGCCUGGGUCUGCCGGAUUUCGAUUUACUCCGAGUCAUUGGAAGAGGUAGCUACGCCAAAGUACUGCUGGUGAGGUUAAAGAAGACAGAACGCAUCUAUGCAAUGAAAGUUGUCAAAAAAGAGUUGGUCAAUGAUGAUGAGGAUAUUGACUGGGUUCAGACAGAGAAACAUGUGUUUGAGCAAGCCUCAAACCACCCUUUCCUUGUUGGUCUACACUCCUGUUUCCAAACAGAAAGCAGGCUGUUCUUUGUUAUUGAAUAUGUAAAUGGUGGUGACUUGAUGUUUCAUAUGCAGCGUCAAAGGAAGCUUCCAGAAGAACAUGCAAGGUUUUACUCCGCAGAAAUCAGUCUGGCAUUAAACUACCUCCACGAGCGGGGAAUUAUUUAUAGGGAUUUAAAGCUGGACAACGUCUUAUUGGAUUCUGAAGGGCACAUAAAACUUACUGACUAUGGCAUGUGCAAGGAAGGCUUACGACCUGGAGAUACCACAAGCACAUUCUGCGGCACGCCGAAUUACAUUGCUCCGGAAAUCCUGCGGGGAGAAGAUUAUGGUUUCAGUGUGGACUGGUGGGCAUUAGGUGUCUUGAUGUUUGAAAUGAUGGCUGGAAGAUCACCAUUUGAUAUUGUAGGAAGCACUGACAAUCCAGACCAAAACACAGAAGAUUUCCUCUUCCAAGUCAUUCUGGAGAAACAAAUACGAAUACCAAGAUCUUUGUCUGUAAAAGCUGCAAGUGUACUUAAAAGCUUUCUUAACAAGGAACCAAAGGAUCGUCUUGGCUGUCAUCCGCAGACAGGAUUUGCUGAUAUUCAAGGGCAUCAGUUCUUUCGUAAUGUUGAUUGGGACCUUAUGGAACAAAAACAAGUGGUCCCUCCUUUCAAGCCAAAUAUUUGUGGAGAGUAUGGAUUGGAUAAUUUUGAUGCACAGUUUACUAAUGAGCCUGUUCAGCUUACUCCCGAUGAUGAGGAUGCUGUGAGGAAGAUUGACCAAUCUGAAUUUGAAGGUUUCGAAUACAUCAACCCACUCCUGAUGUCUGCUGAGGAAUGUGUAUGAUAGAUGGGUCAGCUCAUGGAUUCCCCUGCCCUGUGCAGUUUCUGGACCUCUAUAUGCUGAAAGGAGACCUCUCCCUCCCGCAGCCAGCAAACCUUCAUAGACACCUGCGCUCUCUUGUAUGUGGGGGAGUUACAACUCUCUCUUUAUAAUGUGAUAUAUUUAACAGCUGAACAUAAAUGUUUUUGUGGUUUUCUUA